AUUUAUUUAUUUAUUAGACGUGUUGCUGUCCGUGGUGCUGAAACCUUGCCAACACUGGGACCCUGUAGUUCCCACUGGAACAGAUUGUGUUCGUUUCCUGCCCGUGAUACUACAAAAUAAGUCAAGAAUGAACUCGGAUCGCAAAAUUAAAUCAGGCUUGUGCGAAGGGAAUUAAAAAACAAAUGCGAAACAAAUAAGAAGCGAUGAAGGGCAAAUCUUGUUGUGUGUUUUUACCUCUAUGGUCUGCUUGCCCCGUGAUAAUCAGGGGAUCAGACGGAGGUCAUUGAUGGUUUUCCCAGCUUUUCAUUGAGCACUCACGUCACUGCACGUAUCAGCAACUCAGUGCUCACUUUGAAUAAUUUAAAACAGCAUGGUAACACUGACAAACCCUAUAGCCCACCUAAAGCCACGAUGCUGUCAAUGAUUAGUGCGGAUGUGUUGGCACAGGGCAGGUAGAGUGAGAAAGGGAAUAAGCGAGGGAGUGAUUUGGAGCGAGAGAGAGAGAAGGAGGGAGGGAGGGAGGGAGGGAGAGAGAGAGAGGGAGGAUGCUGCCAGCGGAAAAUGGCUGCUGCAACCUCAAGCCUAUCCUGAUACACCGAAACGACAUCAAGGUGGAGAGAGAGAGCGGAGAGCAAGAGAGAGAGAGGAAGAGAGAGAAAGAUUAGGAAAAUGAGAGCAGAUAGAGAGAGAAUAUGAGUGAGUCUGUGAGUGUUUCCUGAAAGGAGGAUAAAAAGAGAGAGAGAGAGAGGAGACCCUGGGGUGGGCUGCUGCAAGCGGCGGGCAACACCGAGCCAUGGAGGGCGAUGUGCGUGUUCGUGCGGUGGUGAUGACACGUGAUGACUCCAGUGGCGGAUGGGUGCCCCUUGGAGGUGGCGGCCUCAGUCAUGUGGUCAUAUGUAAGGGGCGGAGUCACGACGGCAGGGGGCGGAGAGAGUACAUCAUACGUGGAGAGCGGCUGCGAGAUCGAGCACCGGUGUUGGAGUGCGCAGUGCAAAGGGGGUUAGUGUACAACAAGGUGAACCCCAUCUUCCAUCACUGGCGGGUAGAGGAUCGAAAGUUUGGCCUUACGUUCCAGAGUCCUGCCGAUGCCAUCUCCUUUGAGAAAGGGCUGCAGGCUGUCUUAGACAAGCUCGACAGAGGUUCUGACUCGCCUUCGUCCUCCACCCCAGAAGAGGCUGACACCGAGGAUGACGGACAAGCUUCCCAUACAGGAAGUGAGUCGUCAUCCAACAGCAGAAAGGAGAUGCUUCCCAAACCCAUCACCAUAGUGACGAGCGAGUCGUCGUCUACCUGCUUCGUGCGGUCGGAGGAGUUUAGUUUUGGAUCCAGCCAUGCUGUCACCACUCAGACACCUGCUCAGAUCCACACCAGGCCAGGACAGCUUUCACAAAUGACGGCUGUGUUGAAUCCCCCAGCGCCCCCACCCCCACCACCUGCUCCACCUACUCCUCCUGUGGGUCCCCCGGCCUCAUCUCCUCUGUCCCCCCUCUCACCCACUAUUUCUCUGCUGGAGGAGGGAGACCUGCGUAGUGUGGACCCUUGCAAAGACCUGUGGGGUUCUCGAGGUUAUGAGGACUACCGACGGGCAGGUGCCACCAGGACUAUGGUCGGCGGGCUGACCGGGGGUGUGGUUGUUGGUAGUGGAGGGAGUAUGCAGGACAAGUCAGAGCUGUGCGUGGUUCGCUUCGAGAAGGAGCUGGCAGGAGUGGGGACGGCAGGCUGUGACGUGACAGUGAGCCUGGACAGCAAAGCUUCCCAGCGUCUGUCGUCAUCGUCGCCCACCUGUAUGUCAAUGCCCAACGCUGUGUCAGGCGUGUCCUCAGGAGCCGGCUCACCCCAGGAGACGGGCAAAGGCUCGCCCUCUCCCUGCUGCAUCCACACCUCACUGGCCACGCCCCGGUCGCGGACUCGUAAGAGAGGAGGAGGGGCCAGCAGCAGUGACCAGGGGGUAAUCUCCCCCGACGACGACAGCCCCUGUCCUCAGGGUUCAUCGUCAUGCUCAUCUCGCUGUGUGUACUGCCGCUCUGUUUUCAGUGCUUCGGAGAAUGGGCGGGGCCGCUGCAGAGAUGCCCCAGACCCGGCCCUGCACUGCCUGCGCCAGUGGACCUGUGUGUGGUGUGCAGAGAGUCUGCUCUACCACUGCAUGUCGGACUCUGAGGGAGAGUUCUGGGAGCCUUGCUCAUGUGAUGACUCAUUGGGGGGCCACCCGCACCCCCUUUGCUGUGCCCGCUGGUUGGCCCUCCUGGCCCUGUCGCUCUUCGUGCCCUGCAUGUGCUGCUACCUGCCUUUGCGCGCCUGCCUGCGGUGUGGGGAGAGGUGUGGCUGCUGUGGGGGAAAGCACAAGGCGGUCCGAUGAGGCCAGGCUAGGGGGUGGGAGGGGUUCUCUGGACCAACAAGGUUUGGGUGUUGAAAGGAGAGAGCAUCUGUAGGGAAGCAGGAGAUGAAGCUGAGCAGGUGGAUCAGUGCUCUCAGUAGACCCAGACCUCUGACGUGGCCCUCCAAAGCCCCACGGCCUUCCACUGCAUUCCGCUCUUUCUCUUUUCAACCUGGGGCCUUCCUCACUGGUCCAUGCCUGCUGAAGGUGCACUGCACUCAGACCAGGCUCUGUGGGAGUCAUCUGGAGCCUUCGUGGUGGAUUUACUGAGGUGUGGCUGAUCUAGAGUUAGCGAUCAGAGACUUUAUCACAGGAAGCGAGUGGCAGAGGCAAUGAUGAUGUGUACACUGUUUCAAAUGUCUGUUUGUUUUUGUUUUUUUUUAAUUUAGAAAGAAAAACACAAAAAACAAAAGAUGUUUAUAUAUAUGAUUGUUAUAAUUUUAAUUGGUAUAUUUUAUUAAAUGUACAACCUACUGACCGAAUCCCCCAACGGCACACACUAUCACAUAUUCACAAACAUGAGAUCUUGGGGACUUUAUUUGUUUCAUGUUGGCCUGUUUAUCAGUCAGAUGAACAGAUGUCACCCUUUACCUCUAAUUUUACCUCAGAUGUUACUCAAACCCUGGUUAACACAUGAAAAAGGAGAAGAGUGAGACAGGUUUGAGCACAAGUGAGUGCAGUCUUCAAGAAAGUACGAGCAUCUGAGACCACUAGUGUUAAAGUUGUAGACCACAGUGGUAGAACGGUUAUCAAAUGCAAAGGGACAAUUAUUGUUAAGGGAAGUUGCAAUGACAACCACAAAGACUUAAAAGUCAUAAUGUGAUUCAUUAUGGUCCUUUGUAACCAAACACAAGGUUAUUUAUAAAAUCAAGAAUGUGUGUCGGACAUUAAACACCUUCACUUUA